ACUUUGGGAAGCCUAUAUUUGAAUAUAUUCUGAUAUAUUAGUAGAUUUUUCAAGCAAUCCAAUUAAUGAAUUCCAACAUUAGUCACUGAUUAGCUCAAGAAUGCUGCUUUUAUCUUCAAAAUCGUUUUUCUGCCGUGGUAGAGUUGAGACAGGCAAAGUAUACCCAUCAAUCUCGAGCCACUCCAAUUUGACAAUAACAUCAUAUGACACUAAUGAACAUGCAUGUCAAUGUACACACAUAUUGAUCAGUACACACAGUUGACUUCAAAAUGCAAUGUAUUUAUUCGGGCAGCGCAGGAGGGGGCGCUGUAUAUCUAAAUGAUGCUUGGGAGUGGUGAGCAAAAACCCAGCCCUCCUUUACAUUGGUCUGCUGCGCUCUUCCUGCACCAAAUACAAUCUGUACAUCCUGCACGCGCUGUGAAGAAAUAUGCUGCGCGCUCGCACUCUACAGCGCCAAUGUGCGGUGUGACGUCACUCCCCCCGAGAUGAGGGCGAUCACUCCCCGCAGCAUCUCCCACUAAAGCACGCUGUACGAGAACUCUACUACAGCGCGAAUAACAACAUAAAUAGCGUGGAAUAUGACUACGCGACUUUGCAGCUUAAUUGUAGCCAUUUUGUUGUCUUCAAACUAAACGCUGUCACAGUGAGAGGUGGCGUGCUGAAAUCGCUUCAGUCAGCGCGGGGACAGACCGGUCUUUCCAUUUCUCAAGGAUUUGAUGUCACGUUAUGGAGACAAUGCUACGGUUUUUGUUUUUGUUUUUUUUUAAACCUUAUUCGGGGUUAACCUUAAUCCGGGUGCUUUUGUCGAGCUUCGACAUCAGUACUGCUUAAACAUUGCCUCGGAUUAUUGGAUGUUAAUUCUCUCAGCACAAUGAGCGUACCUCAUCAACAGAGCUGCUAUGGCAACGAGCCCAGCCCUGGACCUAUCCGCUGCUUUCGCUGCAGAGAGGUGUGUAAAGGGGAGGUUGUGCGAGUGCAGAGCAUCCACUUCCACGUCAAAUGUUUCACCUGUCAAGUGUGUGGCUGUAACUUGGCACGUUCCGGAUUUUUCCAGAAGAAGGGCGAGUACAUAUGCACAGCAGACUACCAGCAUCUGUAUGGCACAAAGUGUGACAGCUGUGGGGACUUCAUCACAGGAGAAGUGGUAUCAGCGCUGGGCCACACAUAUCACCCAAAGUGCUUCGUUUGCAGUGUCUGCAGAAAACCGUUUCCAAUUGGAGACAGAGUGACAUUCAGUGGUAAGGAGUGUGUUUGUCAGCAGUGCUCCCACAAGCUUGUUGCUUCAAAUGAGCCGAUUAAGAUUCAUGGACCCAGUCACUGUGCAGGCUGUAAGGAGGAGAUCAAGCAAGGCCAGUCUCUCCUGGCAUUGGAGAAACAAUGGCAUGUCAGCUGCUUUAAGUGCCAGACCUGCGGAAUUGUGCUCACUGGAGAGUACAUAAGCAAAGAUGGUAUCCCGUACUGUGAAUCAGAUUACCACACCCAGUUUGGGAUAAAGUGUGAGACCUGCAACCGAUACAUCAGUGGACGAGUACUAGAGGCUGGAGGAAAGCACUAUCACCCUACUUGUGCUCGCUGUGCCCGGUGUCAGUUGAUGUUUACAGAAGGAGAGGAGAUGUACCUGACAGGUUCGGAGGUUUGGCAUCCUGCAUGUAAGCAGGCAGCUCGAGCAGCAAGGAAGCUCAGAGUGCGGCGCAUGUCAGAGACAUCCAUCUCACCCCCAGAGUCCAGCAUCAGUUCACCCAGCCGAGUCAUCUGUGCCAGAGUGGAGAAUGAGAUCCUAGAGUACAAAGAUCUGGCCGCACUGCCUAAGGUUAAGGCCAUUUACGAUCUGCAGAGGCCUGAAUUCUUAUCCUAUGAGCCAUGUUACAGGUUCUACUCGGACGACAGGCUAGAGCGCCUCAGCUUCGGCGAGUCGUUGGGCACACUCUCCCCUUAUUCUCAGGACAUGUAUGACAGUGUGGAUCUGCGGCAGCGUAGGUCCUCUAGUCCUGGUUAUAUUGAUUCUCCUACCUACAGCAGGCAGAGCAUGUCCCCUGUGCUGCCCCACUCUCCACAGCACUACUACCGAUAUGGCACUGAAAGUGGCAGGAGCUCACCCUAUUACCCACAGCUGGAGGCCAGGUCUAGCACACCCACUACAAAUCAAGCGCCGAAGCAUUUCCAUGUGCCAGCAACAGGAGAUCCUAACAUCUACCGGAAGCCUCCCAUCUAUAAGAGACAUGCCACAAAGAGCAAGACUAGCGAAGAUAUCCUCCAGUCAUCCAGAUUCUCAACAACCUACUCACCUGAGCACUACCAGCACACUCAAUCAAAUUACUUUCAAAGCCCUGGUUCCCCUAAAUCUUUACGUAUUCCACGAAGAAGAUUCUCAUCAGGAGGAGAGGAAGGUGGAUGGAAUUAUGGUCUUCAAAGAAUCCAGAGUGGGAUUGGCAGGAUGAUCCUGAAGGAAGAGAUGAAAGCCCGCUCUGGUUCUUAUGACAACGACCCCUGGGGCAGCACACGGAACUCCCGUGCUGGGAGCAAGGAGACUCUGCACAGCACCAGCUACAACAACACCAUCAAUGGCUCUUCAAAGGCACUCUAUCCAGCUGAAAAUGAAUAUAUAUCAAAAUCAGCCUCUUUACCAGGAUAUGGCAGAAAUGGACUACACAGGCAGCAAAAUACAGACUACUUUCAGUAUGACAGUGGCAAUGAGGUCAACUGGGGAAUCAGAGAGUACAAGGUUUACCCAUAUGAGGCGCUGAUUGUGACCACCAGGGGGCGAAACAGGCUGCCAAAAGAUGUAGAUAGAGCCAGACUGGAAAGGCAUCUGUCUCCUGAGGAGUUCUACCAGGUGUUUGGUAUGACCAUGGCCGAGUUUGACCGACUGGCACUGUGGAAGAGGAAUGAGAUGAAGAAACAGGCUAGGCUAUUCUAAAUGUUCCUGCUUCCUACAUGCAGAGAUCGAGACACCUGUCCAGAACCAGCCGACACACUUUUUCUGCCCACACACUCAUAAGCCGACUGAGCAACAGCAGUGCUGCUGAACAUGUGCCAGGCACAUAUGUAGUAUCACUGAGUGUAGGAAAGAAAAAGAGAGCAACAGUCUUAAAUAAAGAGGAAAGCUAUUAGUCAUGUUCGAUUCUUGUUGCUUUAAUAGAUUUCUUCUCAUUUCGUAUUGACAAGAAUAGAGAAUCAAAUGUAAAAAUUUGGGAGUUUUGCCUUAUAUUUUGUGUUAACUUAUGCACCAGCAGAGUGACUAGAAUGUAGACAUUAUAUUAACAAUAUAAUCUGAGAUUCUUUUUUUGUUCCUGUCCUGUAUAUUACACUUGUAAAGUAAUAUUUUAUUUGACUUUAUGGACCAUUUUUUGCUUACAAUGGAAACACCUAGCUGAAUAAUAAUUAAGGUUAAUAGAAACAUGCAAGCUUUUCCAUGAAAAUGAAAACCAAAGUCUCAGUACUGUGUGUGAUUUACACAAAAAAUAGGGAUUGAGCACUAUCCAUGCUAUAGAUGAUUCAGGGUCCUGGGCCUAAACACUGAAUGUAACUGUUUUUCAACAAAUACAAUUAUUUAGUAGACACAGUCUAAAGAAUGUGUUGCGCCAUCCUUAAGAGUUUUGUAAGGGUAGCAGUAGUUAUCAGUAUCUAGGUCAUUUGUUUUCAGAAUCCUUAAGGAAUAUUCACACACUAACGGACACAAAGCAUUAAAACACAUCAGUGGUAAGGGGUAUGUUUUAGGUUUUCUUAUUUCUUUAUUUCUCUGUCAGAAACAGAAUGUCUGUUUAUCGACAUUUAAAUUAGUCUCUUUUUAAAACAGGGCAUGCAACAUUUGGGUUUAUGGCAUUAAGGUGUUAUGCUGCAUUUGUUUCUUUUCAUAUUACAAGCAUGAUUAUCAAUUUUUGACAAUCAGAGCAAUGUUAUUUUACUCAAGGGUACAUCCAUUGCAAAAAAAAAAAAAAAGACCUCUAUUGCACUUAAUUGGGACCUAAUAGUGAAGUCUGUAAUACCACUGGAUAAUUGUGUGCACUGUGUAGAUUAUGUUAGAUUUGGACAUCACAAACCAUCAGAUGAAAUGUCUCUGUUUUACACCUUUGUUAAUGUUUUUUUGUUUUGUUUUGUUUUGUUUUUUGGCCACUGGUAUGUUAUAAAGUGUUAUACCAACUUCAGGGUAGUUAGUGGGAGAGUGAAAAUAUUUUUUGAUUCUUCCUUUUUUAAACAGUACAGCUACCUAUCUAGUUAACUCUAUUUAUUUGUUUCAACAAGUUAUGUAGCUAUCUUAUAUUUAAAUAAAGCUGGUUUUCUGGUGUAUUUCGAAUUUGUUUGCCACUGUAAAGGAGGAUAAACUUUCUGAGAUUCAGAAUGCAGAUUAGUUACAUAUGUAACUGUAGUUCUGUCAACCCUGGAUUACCACCAGAUGAGUUGUGAAAUAUAUGAAUACCACUCAGUGCACAUCUCAACCAAGGUUACAUACUGUAGUGACAUAGCACACAGUAUUUGCAAUAAAUACCACUCGGAUACUGCAAUCAGUUCCCAGAACCUUCUCACCCAGCCAGCUCACCCAAGAUCUGUACAUAAUCCUGGGAACACUGGGUGUGAGGUGAGAUGCCAGAGUUCAUUGCAGGUCACCAUGCACAUUCACACCUAGAGCCAAUUUAGUGUAGGCAGUGAACCUACCAACAUGUUUUCAAACAGUGGGAGGACACCAGAGAACAUGAAAGAAAGCCAUGUGAACAUGGGGAGAAGUGUAACUCCACGCAGACAGUAAGCCGAGCUCAGGAUCGAAUCAGGGACCCAGCAUCUGUAAGGCAGCAGAGCUA